ACCACUUCGUGUCACAUGCUACACUGAUUCCAUGAGUUUUCUUAGAUGAUCUUCAUUUUUACUGUGUAUUUCUUUUAUACUUUUCAAAUUUGCAAAAAUUUGUUUCCAUUUUGUUUCUUAUGUGUAAUAUUUCAUUUGAGUUUCUCCUUGUUUAUUAACUGGUAAACUACCACUUUCUUCUUGCUUCUGCUUUUUCUUGCAGAAUAAUUUUAUUCAUAGGGCCUAGCAUUAACUUAGUAUUUAUUAUACAAUCAACCGUUAAUUAAACAGUUUUAUGCAUAGGAUAGUAAUUUUACUAUUGGUAAUAUUGCCACUUAAGUUAUUUGCAAUCAAUAUUGAAAUUAUUGCUGAUGUCAAUGGCGAGCCAAUUUCAAAUCUAGAUAUUGAAAAACGUAUUAAGUUAAUCACUUCAUUAUAUGGUAAUCAAAAUAUCAAUCUAAGAGAAGUAAAAUCUCAAGUAUUAAAACAACUAGUAGAUGAAGUUAUUAUUGCCAAUGAGUCACAGAGGUUAAAUAUAAAGCUCAGCGAAGAGGAAGUAAAUAAUUCUAUCGUAUCAUUUUUCAUGCAGAGUUUUGAACUCAGAGCAGAAGAAGUCAAUCAAUACAUAAAAAAGCAUGAUAUAGACCUUAAAGAGUUGAGUAAUCAAAUAAAAUAUCAACUGUUAUGGAAUAAAAUUAUUGAAAAUAGAAUUGUUUCAUUUAUCAACGGAGUGAGCGAUGAAGAGGUGAAUAAUUCUAUAAGACAAAUAGAAAAAUCAGAUUAUCUUAUUAAAUUUGAAAAAAUUAUAGUCAAUCAAAAAGCUACCAAAGAUAUAGUCAAAAAGUUAUACAAUGACGGUAAUUCUACUACUCAAUCUGCAAUGGUAAUAGAUCACGCAACUGUUAGUUUAAAUCAAUCAAAAGGUGUACUCAAGGAUGUUUUAAGGAAAUCAAAAAUUGAUGAAAUCACAGAUUACAAUGAAGGUCCUUACUCUUUUAUCAGGGUGAAUGACAAGAUUCAGCUUGAUCAUGGAAUAUUGAAUAGCACUUUAAAUUUAAAACAGAUUAUAGUUAAAGAUUCAGAAAGUGUGCUAAAAAAUCUCAAAAAGAAAAAAGUUAAUUGUUCAAAUUUUAAUAAACUCACACAUGAUCUAAAACUACCAAACAUAAAGGAAUUAAAAAUAAAAAUGAGAGACUUAAACCCUGAACUACAGAUUUUAUUUCAUAAGACAAACAUAAAUGAAAUAUUAGAAAUCAAGGAAAGCAGCGCUGCAAGGCUAAUCAUGUUAUGUAACAUCGAAAGUGAUAAAAUUGAUAUAGAAGCAAUUAAACAGGGAAUAUACCAACAAAAAAUUAUAAAACAAAGUUCUAUGCUAUUUGAUGAAAUACGUAAAAAUGCAAUUGUUAAUUACCAUAAAAAUGGUAAAUAA